AUGACACGAAUACAGAAUGGAAACGCCAAUGACCACGAGCUGUACAAUCAAGAAGUGCACAAAGUACGUAUUAAGGACUCGGAACGAGAUGUUGGGACAGCGGGCCCAGAAAUCAUCGCCGAGGCGAUAACUUACCUUCAUCGGGAUGGAAUAGUCGUUCUGGAGAAUGUCAUUGAUCCUUCACAUAUCAAUGCACUCGAAGCGAAGUUAGGACCAGAAGCAGAGGAGAUUGCAAGAAAUCCGGACCAUCAUUUCAACUGGAACAAGGGGAAUAUGGACCAGGCACCACCGCUGAUACCCGAUCUUAUGUUCCAAGACAUUUGGGCGAAUCCGAUUGUGGUUUCUGUGCUGUCAUCGGUCCUCGGGCCAUCCCCCGUAUGUCACUACGCGAAUGGCAAUACUGCUCUGAAAUCAACGGCCAGGCAGCCAGUACAUAGCGACGUCGACAAGCCGCAUCCGCUGUAUCCCUUCGCAUACGCAGUCAACAUCCCGCUUUGUGAUCUCUCGGUGGAAAAUGGUUCAACGGAGAUUUGGGUUGGCAGCCAUGGAGACAGCAAUAUUGAUCAACACAACCAGUAUGCCGAUGGCGAGCAUGAUCUGACUAUCAAGACGGAGCUUGUUGAAGAAAGGCGACAACACUCACCGCCAGUCCAGCCGUCUACGAAGAAGGGCAGCAUUAUUCUAAGAGACCUACGCUUGUGGCACGCAGGCAUGCCUAACAAAACAACCACACCUCGGAUCAUGCUCGCCUUUGUGAUCCAGCCAAAAUGGUUCCAGGCUCCUUCGAAGGUCCUGCUUCCUGUCAAGGCAAAGAAACUGGUCCAGCAGUGGGAACGAGACGGCCUUGAGUACGCUGCCAAGUGGGUAGACGGCGAUGUUGAUCACAAGCUUACAUGA